AUGUCGAAUCACAACAUGAACAAUCCGACAGAGUUCGAAAACCUCCCCCCUGAACUCAUGAACGCAGUGCUCGAAGAGUUGCUGGGUACAUCAGACAAUCCCGGACCACGCCUCCGUCAUCGCCCUGACAUUCCAGAGCUUUCUACGCUUGAACGCAGAUUUACCAUGGAAACUGCCAUCCUUCGCACGAAUAAGCAGAUCCACGCCAUGGCCAAAGCGUACCUUGAUCUGGCGAACAAGUGGAUCGUAUUUGACAUGGACGAUGUGCACUUAGUCUUGCCCUGGGCCUGCAUCUUGAUACCAAUGACUAUCAUCGAUCCUGAGGCCAACUACGCAGUUCCUGAAGGAAUCAUGCGGGUACGUGUUAAGCUUUGUCUUAACGGCGAACGCAUUAUCCGUCCUUCUCCUGCUUCACAGCCGAAGCGACAACUUGUACUUAUAAAGUUGGAGCAUUUCGUGGCCUUUCUCGCGCAAAUUCGAAUGGCGGAAUUGAUAAAUAGCGUUCGCGUCAUGCCGAGAGCUUUCUUCAUUGGGGAUAACCAGGGACUAUACAAUGCGAUGAAGGGAUUUAACGGCCUCAAAAUCCGUGUUCACGUCGAUCCCAACUAUCCUCAUCACUGGAUGCAAGCUUUGUUGGACUGUUUCGACAUGUUCCACGGUCCUUUGAACGAGGUGUCGAUUAUUGGGUCGUUUGACGCUCAACAGGCACGCCGUAUAGAAACCUCCAUUGCGUUGCCACGCAAUGUUGCAGAACCGACCAUGUAUGAGAUCUACAUACAUAUCGCCCACAGGAUCAAACUCGCCAAUCACUUCGCUGAUCAAGGCCAAUUGGUUUCUGCAAUUAGAUUGUACGAUCGAGUCCGCAACAUGACCAAUGCGUCUAACACAGAUCGUACCCCUUGGUCCGGGUGGUCAACAAAAGAUUGGUCACAAUUCCCCUUCGAGGCCCUAUUGAUCACCGUGGCUACCCUCAACGCCCUCAUCAUAUCCAUAGGGACACAGGAAAAUCUCGAAUACGCUCAUAUGCACGUAGCAUUACAUCACAGUCUAGUGCAACAAAUCUCUCUCCUGUUGGAUUUUGAUGACUUGGGUCGCGAAAUGGAAGGCUGGAUUCUACUCCUCUCCGGCCUGCAUUACAUCCUCCAUGCACGCGUCGUGGGAACUGCCUAUAAUGGCCCUGAGCGGCUGUUACUUGUUCGAAUUGGCAUGAAUCUCCUGGAAGAUACGAUUGGAACGUUCGAACACUUACCCGAGCGCGAUAACGUCGGGUUUCGAGCAGCGACAUAUAUGUGCACGCGCCUUCGAGUCCUCGAUUUCAACCCAGACAAAACGUUGCUAUUCUCAGCGAUUACUAGAGCCUCUAUAUUCUUUGCUAAUCGCUUCGAGCAGUACAGUCGGCCCGUUCGGUGGUGUGUGCACCAGUCGCUCAUCCCACAGGCACUUGUUAAUCGAGGCAUCGUGGAACAUAUGCAAAACUGUUCUAGACUGACAGAAGAGCAAAAGAAUCAGCUUCUGUUAGUAAAAGUGUUCGAAGACGAUGCGGAGGGUGGUGAUGACUACUUCAUGUGA